AUGGCGGGAAAGGCUGAAGCGAUUGGGCCAAGAAAUGGUCAUGAGUUGGCGCCUUUGAAUGCUCGCGCUGACGGCAGUGAGCGGCCUCAUGGAGUUACCAUCGUACUCCAGGGCUCAAGGGGAUCCCUACAAAGAGAAGCUCCUGAUGAAGAUCGUGCAGCCUGGUCAGGCAAACUACAGUUCUUCUUAUCCAUCAUCGGAUACUCCGUUGGACUUGGGAAUAUUUGGCGGUUCCCGUAUCUAUGCCAGCAGAACGGAGGAGGAGCGUUUCUCAUCCCGUUCCUGAUCAUGUUGGUGCUGGAAGGGAUUCCCCUCUUCCUGAUAGAGAUGGCUAUAGGCCAGAAGAUGCGGCUUGGCUCCCUCGGCGUGUGGAACACCAUACAUCCAUGGCUCGGUGGUAUUGGCAUAUCCAGUUGCAUGGUGACGCUUUUUGUGGCCUUGUACUACAACGUCAUCAUCACAUGGGUGUUCUUCUAUCUCUUCAAUAGUAUUCGGCUGUCUGCUGACUCUCUACCUUGGGCCCAUUGCCCUGUGGACAACGGCACUCGUGAAGCUGAAUGCAACAAGGCUUCCUCGACCGUCUACUUCUGGUACCGUGAAGCUCUGGACGCGUCACCUUCCAUCGAGGAUCCAGGAGUACCAAGGUGGUGGAUUGUUCUGUAUCUCCUUCUGGCUUGGAUCAUCGUCUUCUUUAUUGUGAUGAAGGGGAUCCAGAGUAGUGGAAAGGUCGUUUACUUUACGUCUCUCUUCCCAUACAUCGUGCUGACCAUCUUCUUCAUUAGAGGCGUCACACUCCCAGGGUCUGCAGACGGCAUCAUCCACAUGUAUAAACCGAAGCUGGAAAAGCUACUAGACCCGACAGUUUGGUUGGACGCUGCGACUCAAGUCUUCUACUCUUUCGGGCUUGCCUUCGGAUCCCUCAUCGCCUUCGGUUCCUAUAACCCUCCGAACAACAACUGUGUGAGGGAUGUCCUCCUGGUGUCCGUGUGUAACGCCCUCACUGCCAUCUACGCGUCAGUCGUGAUCUUCAGCAUCCUUGGGUUCAAGGCGUUCACCAUGGUGGAGACGUGCAUGACCAAGGAGAUCAAGAUCCUGGCAGCUCUGAAUGUCUCAGGGUUCACUCCGACCUCCUCCCACGAUUACUACCGCGAGGAGUUCGGCAACCUGAACGAUAGUCUGGUGGCGAAGUACAACCUCACUGGAUGUACCAUGAGCAGGCAGUUGGAGGAGGCUGCUGAAGGCACAGGCUUAGCCUUCAUAGUCUUCACGCAAGCGAUCCUGAAGCUCACUCCAGCGCCGUUCUGGUCCAUCAUCUUCUUCAUGAUGCUCCUCUCCUUGGGGCUCGGCAGCCAGAUCGGCAUCAUGGAGGGCAUGCUGUGCACCAUAUUCGAUAUCGACUUCUUCAAACGACUUAGCAAACCUGUUAUUACUGGUAUCGUCUGCACCUUCUGCUUCUUCGUGGGCCUGAUCUUCACGACCGGCGCUGGAGAGUACUGGCUGAAGAUGUUCGACUCCUUCGCUGGAACCAUCGGCCUGGUCGUCGUCGCUCUGCUGGAAAUGGUCGCUGUUAUUUACAUUUAUGGCCAUGUCAGAUUCACCAACGACAUCUACGAGAUGACGGGCUACCGGCCCGGUUUGUACUGGCAGAUCACCUGGAGAUACGUUGGACCAUUCAUCGUGACCUGCAUCCUUCUGUCCUCGCUCGUCUUUAUGCUGAUCAACCCACCCACUUACGGCGCUUGGAAUGCUGACGAGGGUCGCGUCGUAAAGACUCCAUAUCCGACUUGGGUCCUUGUGAUCGCAGUGAUGAUGAUACUGGCAGGAGUUCUGCCAAUACCCGUGGUCCUUCUGCUCCGUCGCUUCCAAUGCCUGCAGUUCGACGUGGACAUCCACCAGGGCUCCAUCAGGAGGAUCGAAACCACCGUCUCCACCAAGGAGAUGAUGAGUGACCAAGAUUCUUCAGAUUCAGAGGACAACAUACGCACGACCGGCCGCUUCGAAGACUCAAGCAGUAGUGACGAGGAAAUUCUAAAUACAAAUAGCACAAAAGGAAACGUUCGUAGACUAGCGAUGAAGCCCAUUGGUCGAAAGCCGACCACAUUCAAAAUGGACGUCGUCGACGAAUGA